AUGACGCCGCGCCGUCCGUACUAUCAAGCCGAGCAAGCCACGAUGCCGCCAAUCCCAGCGCCGAGUCCGCUUUCGCAAAAGCCUUCGCAAUAUUCCGAGAAGUCCGGCCUAGCCCAGUCCCUUGCCGGCAUCGAUAUCCAAAAACAACUCGAUAGUUCAAACCCAAACGCUCAUGUCUUUGUUGUUGGCUGGGAGAGUGAUGAUGACCCUCUGAACCCUCGGAAUUUUAGCUAUACGCGCCGGAUGGUUGCGACAUUGCUGGUCACAGCUUUGGCUUUCAUCGUCGGUGCUGCGUCUGCCAUUGAGUCUGGUGUUCUACCUCAAAUCACUGAGACGUACGGCGUGAGCGAGGUUGUCGGAUCUCUGGUGACUGGUGUCUAUCUUCUUGGGUUUGCAGCCGGAUCGCUGGUCAGCGGCCCGCUAUCGGAAAUCCUCGGUCGUAAUGCUGUCUACGCUGGCUCUCUUACCUUGUUCAUGAUCUUUAUCAUGGGCUCAGCCCUCGCCCCAAACAUUGGUGCCCAGCUUGCCUUCCGCUUCUUAGCCGGAAUCUUUGGUUGUCCUCCUCUGACAUGCGCUGGAGGUACCAUUGCGGAUCUUUGGAAUCCCCUUGAAAAGACCAUCACAUUUCCCAUGUAUGCUAUCAUGUCAUUCGGCGGACCUGUCCUGGCACCGGUGAUUGCUUCCUUUAUCGGACAAACUGGAGUUUUGGAAUGGCAGUGGACAGCUUGGAUCAUUCUAAUCACAUCAGGCGCAAUCUUCGUUCUUGUUCUGCUCUUCCAGCCCGAGACUUAUUCGCCGUUGCUUUUGAAAUGGAAGGGAAAGCAUCUUCGACAGAAGACAGGUGAUCCCCGUUACCGUUCUUCAAUGGAUAUGGACAAGGUUUCCCUCUUCAAUCGUAUUGGCGGUGCGAUGAAGCGGCAGUUUCUCAUCACAUUCCACGAACCCAUCAUCUUGCUCAUCUCCUUAUACAUGACGGUCUUGUAUAUUGUUCUGUUCACAUUCUUCGACGGGUACACCAACAUCUUCACUGAUGUGCAUGGUCUGUCUCAAGGCCUUACCAACAUUGUCUGGGUUGCAAUGUAUGUUGGCAUAGCUCUUGCUGGUCUCCUGGUUCUUCCAAUCUACCGCUACACUAAGAGAGACUUUACUGCUGCAGCACAGCAAAAGAACGGGGCCGAUCCCGCCUUGAAUCCCCGUGCCUUAGACAACGUCCAUACACAACCAGAGAUUCGACUCUGGUUUGCCAUGUGUGGAGCGCCGUUGAUUCCUAUCAGUCUGUUCUGGAUGGGCUGGACUGACUUUGCUUCUGUCUCGAUUUGGUCACCUAUUGUGGCCUCAAGCUUCUUCGGCUUCGGCUGUAUUUGCAUUUUCAUCAGUUCCUACAUGUACAUCAUCGAUUCCUACGACAUUUACGCCGCAUCUGCGCUGGGAUUCAUGACUGUGUCGCGAUACUUUGCAGCUGGGGGGAUGACCGUUGUCGGCAUCCCCUUCUACAAAAACAUGGGUGUCCAUUGGACCCUUACAAUCCUGGGCUGUAUCAGCGCGAUCAUGGUUCCAGUGCCAUAUGUCUUUUACCGCUAUGGGCCUAUUAUUCGAAAGUGGUCUCGUUAUGCCGCUGCAGAUGAUGUCAAGGGCUCAGUGUGA